AAAACGCGAUAGUAUGACUAUGUUCUGUUUCUUUGUAGCCUCCUGUCUUCACACCAAUUGGCAUUAUCGAAACUCCGAUCAAGGUCAAAACGUCCCCGUUUUCAUUAUUCUUGUGACACUGACUGACUUACUUCGAAUUGCAUGCACGACUUCGUAGUAUAUGAAGAUUCUCCCUUCGCCGAGUAUCUACAAGAGAUAGAUGUCUCUGAAGACAUGGUAGCCUCGGUAUCAACAGGCACUCCUACCACCAUGUAUGACAAGAUUCGCACAUUAGCAAAUGACUAUUGGGAUAGUCACUCGCUGAUCAAGGAUUUUAUAUCAACCCGGUUACCGAGAGCAGCAGAAAUAGCCUUCACCGAAGAAUUUAAGUACCUUAUUGUCACAUCAUCUCUACUCAACGACAAUGUAUCUGUGAGAUCCAAGUCGGUUAUAAGAAUGAAUGAGCCUUCCACAUCCAGUAUGUCCGAGCAUGUCGAGCGCUGGAACGCUGCAGCCUACGGAUUCGGUGUCUUGGUCAUGGUAGGAGCGAAUCGAACAUUUGCAAACCACUUACCCAACAUGCGUCGAACUCUGCACACAACAAUUACCUCAUCUCUGUCAGCAGCUGCCACAUUUAUGAUUUAUAGAAAUAUGAAGAGACAAUCACUUCGGCAAUGUCAUGCCAUAACGCUCAAAAGCCUAUCACAUCUGAUCAAGCAAUGUCGCGUGCUGGAUUCUCGGAUAAAUAGAGUUCUGAAUAUGAUACAAGAAAUUGAGCUUGUCUCUCGCGGCUAUCGAAUCACCACACCUCUCGCACCCAUCAGCCGAAUUGAGCAAAAUUCAAAGCACCGGCGUUGUCAAGAAGCAAGAAAGAAAUUGUACAUAUUAUUGAACCGAGCCAUCUUCAAAUUUAAUUGUAGUAUUGCGAAUGUGGCGCCAAUCGUGGACACAUCUACCAUGUUACAUCUUUAUGACCUAUACAACGCUCAUCCUCAGUUGGAUCCAAGUUCACAGUCAGGGCCAGAGAUAUCAAUGAUGCAAGUGGAAGAUGCAAGCAAACUCUCCCUGGAGUUUCUCAAGCAGACAUGUUUGGCUAUGCAUAUUCGACGUCGAGAAUUUUUGAUACAAAUACUCGCCCUUCGAAUCCUCAAUAUGGGCAAAUCACCCUCAGAUAGCGUGUAUCGCCAAGAAUGGAUUCAAGUCCAGAAAGAGAUCAGUCAUUUAGCACAGGAAGUUGAGAACAUAGCUUUGGAGAGCACGGACAUUCUGAAUGACAUGCUUUAUUCGGGUGAUUCAGAGGAAACUAAUCAGACAAGCAAGGUGACUAAGCAGCAAGGGGACGCCGAUGUCUUCAUCCAGAGAUUGUCCAGUUUGCAACAGCAACUUCGGACGCUGCAAGCGAAGAUGUAUCUUUGCCACGAGGAUGCACAAAAGUUUGAGAAAGAUGAUAGUGGUGAUCGUAAUGCUCAACUCACUCAACAAUUUAUGUCCAUGUCACAAGAUUUCGAAUUGAUGAUGAAAGAGUGGCAGCAAGGACAGGAAGCGCUGCGACUGAUGUUACAGCCAAUAGAUACCCAAAGUGAAGCAGCAGAGAAAACCGAUGAAAGACCUUUGAAAGAAUUAGAGAUACUGGAAAGGAAGACUGAUGAAGGCAAGCUUGGUGGCCCCGUCAUAGGGUCUGAAGAGCAGUUUGAUCUACCUCACGCUUCUCGAGCGCAAGUGUUCGAAACAGUAGCGGAAUUGGUCAACACCGAGAAAGCUCGGAGCAAACUCAGUCGAGCCCAAAGGAUCGCUCAGGCUAAAGAACAAAGAGAAGUGGAUGCUAGGGCAAAGGAAGACAAAGCUGAUUCACAGAAAAUGGUUUACGAGCUGAAAGAUGUUCUAGGACGUAGAUUAGCGGAUUUAGAAAUGGAUAAUGAGUAGACUUAUUUUGUUGUAAUAACAAAGCAACUGUUACAUUUU